AUGGACACCACUCAAAGUAGCCAGCCAACCUGGGGGGGCCCUUCUAGGGCAUUUCUCAGAAUUGUACCUUUGAAUGCCGAGGCCAGGUUCGAGUUCUCCAACGUGGUUGACUGGCUGCAUCGCCAAAGACGUCGUGAUGACGGCCCGCAUCGUAGCACCAGCGACAAUGCGGCUCGGAUACACGCCAGAAGAUAUAUGCACAUUGAACCUUCACCCGUUAAGGACAGCGAGGUGGGAAACCUGAUCCGCCAGCGUGAUACGGGCCUCCUAUCGGCGUCGCCACCGUGCUCUUCGCUGGGCGACCACCCACCCAACGAACCCCAUGUUUUACCUUCUCCAAGACAGCCUUCCAAUAAACCGACUGCGGUUGCUUGCAUCUGGACAGGCUUCUACUUUCUCGGCCUCGACAUGCCGCCACGUCAGCCGGCGCGCGGCUGGAGCGUAGGCCGUCUUCGCUCGGACCACCUGCACAACGACAUUAUCUUAUCAAUAGAGCCUAGCCCUUUGGUCAUGGCGCGCAAACAUCAUGCCGUGCUGCAGCUCAGUAACUUAGGCCGCAUCACAGUCCGCGGAGCUGCCAACGCAGAUUGCCACGUAAACGACACCAUCCUGUCGAGCGAGGGCGGCAAGGCCAGCAACUCUGCGCUUCACAUCAACGAUGAGGCGGCAACCCUCACGCUUGGUAAGCUCAAGUAUCAAGUUGUGUACGAGGACUUCUCGGGCACCAAACAUUACCGAGAUCAAGCCAAGAUCUAUCUCGAGCGAUACCUCAAGCAGCAAAUUAGUCCGCUCUGGGACCGCAUCGUCAAGACACCCCGCGCUGGCGUCAACCGGGUGCCCAGUGGUGCAAGCACCAAGAUCAGGAUCGGUCAGUGGCAGCUUACCCGGGCAGGCACUGUCGGUUCAGGUCGAUCCGGUCGCGUGAGCAUAGGCGUCAAUGACAGCGGAGAAACGGCCGCGUUGAAGCGAUUCACCGUCGACGGCGACAGGGAGCGGAUCAACUUCCGGAGAGAGAAGAUCGAACGCAUCACGCAGCUAGCCAAGAAGGAAGACGAGCAGCGUGUGCUACGGCUGCGAGAAGCUCUGCAAGACGAUACCGCUGAGGGCAGAAACUAUGCCGUGGAUGUGUGGUUCGUGCUGCAGCCUGUGGUAUCAUCAACGCUGAAGAAGGCGUGCCAGCAGUGGUCGCAAAAGGAUCACGCGGGCAGACUGAAAGCAACAAGACACGUGUUGCUCGAGAUUCUAGGACCGCUCGACUUCCUCCAUCGCAACGGUUGGAUGCAUGGCGACUUGAAACAUAUCAAUGUCGGUGUCCUGGACGAGCAUGCAGAGAACUUUCAGAUUGUACUGCUCGACAUGGACGAAGCGUUCCCGGCGCCAGAACGCGGUAGGCUGCACAACGAGGGGCCAGGCAACACGGGUGGCACCAUUGGCUGGCUAUCACCCGAAAGGGAGAUGAAGGGCUACAACCAGAGCUGUGACGUCUGGAGUCUAGGCGUGCUCGUCGUCUGGCUUGUUACCGGGGAGCAUCCGUGGCUCCUUUCCGAAAACCCCUGGCAACCGGGGCGCCAGUACAAGGAACUAAGGCAUCUGUUCCACGCCAAGUAUCAAUGUGUUACAUCAAUGAUGCGCGAAUGGAACGACGCAGAGCUUGCCGAGCUUACGCUGAAAAUGCUUCGACAUCCCUAUGCGCAGGAUAGACAGCAGCAGCGACCCCGGAUCACAGUCGCUGAAGCAAUAGCCGUGCUCAAACCGGACGAAGGUCCAGAGCAUGCCGUGGCCAAAGACUUUGGGCACCGGGAUUCGGGCAUGCUCCGCCAGGUACUUCAGGACUGCGACCUCAUCCUCGACCUUCUCAUGGCGUGCGAGAACCCGUCCGAUAGCGGUGAGUCAAACAACCACACGCUCGCCGGUCUCAGAAGUGACUCGAUAGCAGACAUUGCAAGCACCAUUGGCGAGUAG